AUGACAAUGCAAAGCAGCAACUAUAGAUUCUUAUUACGGAGGCAGACUCAUUUAUACGAGGAAAAGACAUCGGAUUCAGAAGAACCUAUGCAGACAUUGGGUUUUGAGAUAUCAGGAUUAAUAUCUCAAGGUCGGGUACUUAAUGGUUAUGAGUCAUCGGCGCUUGGCCAACUUAUCGAAAUGCAUCCAUCUAACUAUAACAAGCCCGGAGCAAUUGCAGACUUUUCCGAAUACCUCUUUAAAGAAGAACGUCAAGGAUGUUUAAAGAAGAACGUCAAGGAUGAUUAA